AUGGCCAACUCCGUUGAGCUGGAGAAAGAUGCGGAGUUGUUUAAGAGACUUGCAGUGGAACAGGAAUCUGAGGGACAUUAUGGAUCAGCUGCCUUUUAUUACACUGAAGCCGCCCAAGCUCUUUUGAAUUCUUUGGAGGCUGGUUCCACAACUGAGGGCUUACUUCAGUUGGCUCAGAAGUAUAGCGAAAAAGUGAAGGAGCUCAAAUUGAGAAUUGCCAUGCAGAAUGUGUCCGUACCAAACACCAACAUUAACAAAAGCAAGGUUGAUUUAGCAAGAGCUCGUUGUCUACUGAACGAUGCUGUGUCAGAAGAUGAGAAAGGCAAUGUUUCUGAGGCAAUCGAGCUUUAUACUUUGGCUGUGGAGUUGCUGUUAUCUUUAAAACGAGACAUCAGUGAUAGUUUUUUACUUGAGCAGAUAAAUAAGUUCGCUAAAGAGGGGUUAAAUCGUGCUGAGUUAUUAAAAGCCCAGCUCCAUGAAACACAGCCUUCCUAUUCCGAAUCUCAUCCUACUUGUACUUCGGCUUCACAAAUGAUGGGAGCACCAAAGAAACCUUAUGGUACUGGAAAAGCCAAACCACCUGUUCCACCUUUUCCUAAACGAGGUAGGUCUUCUCGGUUUAUGCUAUCUUAA